AUGAGUGUUUUAAGAGAAGUUGCGCCAUUAGCAGUACAAAAGGGUACUAACAAUACUAACAAUACUACAGUCAAAAGAUUAGUACCACUACUAAAUUUAUGUUCUCAGCUCACUGCAAUUUUUGAUUGUCAAAUGCUGGAACUCGGGCACGUUGAUUAUAAAGACUACGUUUUUAACGUACGUCUGGCCAAACUCUUGGGCCUAUGUCAAAUGCUACAUCCGAACAACGUUAAGUACUACGGUUACAACAUUUAUCAAUUACCGAUCAUUUUCGGUAUGCUACUCAUGGGAAUCACAGGAUGCGUCUGCGGAUUGACGGGAAUGUACCAUUGGAGCAACGACUUAACUCAAUCUUUCUGGAUGUACACUUUUCUGCAAAAUAUAAUCUUUGUCAUUUACAAAUUGGUGGUGAUAUUUAAGAACUCGGAUGAUAUUUGGGAGUGUUUGCACGUGGUUAGUUUCGAUUUUUUGUCAUACAAGUUUUACGACAAAAGUAUACUGAAAGUCUGGCAGACCCGAACCAUACGAUUUACUUAUAUAAUAAGUGUCGCAUUAAUUAUGACGACCGUAGUGUGGUUUGUUAGUCCCCUUAUUAUAAGUGAUAACUAUAUCAAGAUAAGAAACCACGACGGCUCUUAUGACAGCUACCGCCUUAGCUUAUUCAAUUUGUAUUUCAUGGUAUCCACAGACGUGUACAACGAGUACUUCUCAAUAUUCUACAUAGUCGAGACGUUGAUCGUCUUCUUGUACGCUUCGUUAUUAGUAUUGUCAAAUAUAGUGAUAAUAUCUUUAUGCACAGCCAUUGUCGGUCAGUUAGAAACAAUUAAUAAAGGGCUCGAAAACUUUGAACAAAACCACAUAAAUAUCCAGGAACAAGGUAUGAGCAAUGAUUAUAAUUUGAUUGGAGGCCGUCCCGAAGGUAAACGCGCAAUUAAAAUUCAGAAAUAUUUAAAAAUAAUCCUUUCAGAUCAUCAAAAAGUUAUAAAAAAGCUGGAAACAUUUUAUAAGAUUAUUGGAAAACUCAUUUUGAUGGAGUUCUUUGUAUUUUGGGCUAAUGCCGUAUUUACUUUAUUUGUUGUAGCUCUGAAUUACUACAGAAAUGAAAUCGUUGAUACCGUCCAAACAUUUAAGAUGAUUAUUGGAUUUGCAGUGUUUGUGUUCAAUUUAUUCAUGACUUGCUCAUUAUGCACCGCUAUAAACGAUGAGAAAGAGGCUAUUAUAUUUGCUCUCUACAGUACAGGCUGGACAGAAAUGGACAUGGAAAGUAAACGUACGGUAUUGUUAGCAAUGAAUAUGAAUAAUGCUAAUAAUUUAUGUCUCAGAUUCACUAAGGACAAAUUAGUCGAUUUAAACUUGUUUUUAAAAUCUAUAAAGCUGUGCUACUCGAUUGUCUCGUUUUUGAAAAAUUAUGCCUAA